GAUGAAGACACAGGGUGUGUUGGUGGGGGUGUCUCUGCUGACUAGCGUAGCUCUGCUGGGACUGAUAAACGUGCGGCGGAAAGAAGAGAUGAAGGAGCAGAAACAAGUAUCGUUCGAGACGAUUAAACUGCGUGUGACCAGAGACGUACUGGGAGAGUACCAACACGAGGUGAUCAGAGCCCACAACCUGCUGGACAAGACCAAGGCUCAGGUGGACACUCUGGGGUCAGAACUCCUCCCACUGCAGGCUGCAGAGGCCAAGAAGAAGAGUGAACUGGAGGCAUGUCAGGGAGAAAAGAAACAUGUCGCUGAUGAGGUGGGGGCCGUUGAGGCAGAGAACAGUAACUCCAAAACUGAGUUUGAGAAGCAAAAGGCUGCCUGGGUAGCAGAGAUGACGUCUCUCAAACAGCAGAUGGCGCAGCGCAGCAAAGUGUGUGUCUUUGUGAAGAAGGACUCUGUAGAGGCAAGGAAACUGUGUGGGGAUGAACCGCCUAAACAAGAGGCCACUCCAAAACCAGAUGCCCCCAAACCAGAAGAAUUAAAAGCAGAUGCUCCCAAACCUGAUUCUCCUAAAGAAGCCCCUAAACAAGAGGCUGCCCCCAAACCAGAAGAACCCAAACCUGAGGCUCCAAAGAUGAGAUGAGCAGAGCUGGGGUGGGUGACGAGAAUGGGAAGAGCAACAUGGAAUCAAAGAAAAUACAUAAGGAAGGCGGAUGAAAAAUGGAGUCCUUCUGCAGGACAUUUCUCUGUUUCUUUUUAAACUCGUUAGAACUUGUCCUUCAUGCUACUUUAGAGUGUCUAUUAACUACCAUCUAACAUGAGUGGAUAUUGAAUACUUUUUGUUAACCUUGUCCAUUCCUCUCUCUCAGUAUGACCCUCCCUCAGGGGGUGUUUGUGUGUGAUUUGAACAAAUGUGUAUGUGCCACCAGUAUCGACCAAUCGGAAAGUCCAGAGCCUCUCUCUGUCACUCCUCAUCAUCCUCACUCUGUUACCCCGGUGACGGUAUUAUGCAGUGGUGGCGACCAUAGCAUUGACCAAUCAAAUGUUGUGGAUUAAACUAACUGUUAUUUCUGUUAGUCUGAUUCUGAUGUAAUAAAGCUUAACCCUAAAGGAAA